AGGGCGAGAGAUAGAAACAGAUAGGGCAACGCAAUCACUCCCACCAUUUCAGGCUCUCUCUUCUUUCUUCUUCUUCUUCUCGACACAUCACAACUCACACAACAUGCGAAGCAAUUGAUCUACACUUUAACUGCUGAGUCACCUUCUCUCUCUCUCUCUUUCCUCUCUCUGUCUCUUUCUCUCAGGGUGAUUUACAGUUUCAAUGGCUGAACCUUCAAAAGUUGUUCACGUUCGCAAUGUGGGCCAUGAGAUUUCUGAAAAUGAUUUACUUCAGCUGUUCCAGCCAUUUGGAGUCAUUACUAAGCUUGUGAUGCUUCGUGCAAAGAAUCAGGCUCUCCUCCAAAUGCAAGAUGUUCCUUCAGCCAUAGCUGCUCUCCAGUAUUACGCAAACGUCCAACCAUCCAUAAGGGGAAGGAAUGUUUAUGUUCAGUUCUCGUCACAUCAGGAGUUAACGACGAUGGAUCAAAAUACUCAAGGACGAGGGGAUGAGCCGAACCGAAUUCUCUUAGUUACAAUUCAUCACAUGCUUUAUCCUAUUACUGUGGAAGUGCUGCAUCAAGUUUUUUCUCCUCAUGGAUUUGUGGAGAAGAUCGUCACGUUCCAGAAGUCAGCUGGUUUUCAAGCUCUAAUCCAGUAUCAGUUACGCCAAAGUGCUGUUUUAGCUAGAACUUCUCUUCAGGGUCGCAAUAUUUAUGAUGGUUGCUGUCAGCUAGACAUUCAGUUCUCAAACCUUGAUGAGUUACAAGUGAACUACAAUAAUGAUCGGUCAAGGGACUUCACAAAUCCAAAUCUUCCUUCAGAACAGAAAGGCAGAUCCUCACAAUCUGGGUAUGGCGAUGCAGCAGUUCCAUUUCCACAGGUUGGUACUACUCAGUUCAUGAUGGCCAAUGCGGCUGCAAUUGCAGCUGCCUUUGGCGGAGGUUUACCUCCUGGAGUAACUGGGACAAAUGAGAGGUGUACAGUUUUAGUGUCCAACCUAAAUCCCGAUAGGAUAGAUGAGGAUAAGCUUUUCAACCUGUUCUCCCUCUACGGAAACAUCAUAAGAAUUAAACUUCUCCGUAAUAAACCAGAUCAUGCACUUGUUCAGAUGGGCGAUGGCUUCCAGGCUGAAUUGGCGGUGCACUUUCUGAAGGGAGCCAUACUGUUUGGAAAGCGAUUGGAGGUCAACUUCUCUAAGCAUCCAAACAUAACACAAGGUGCUGACACACAUGAGUACAUAAACUCGAAUCUCAACCGCUUUAACCGUAAUGCUGCAAAGAACUACCGUUAUUGCUGCUCGCCGACAAAGAUGAUCCACCUUUCCACUCUACCACAAGAUGUCACUGAAGAGGAGAUUGUGAGCCACCUAGAGGAACAUGGAACCAUUGUGAAUACCAAGCUCUUUGAGAUGAAUGGGAAGAAGCAGGCACUCGUCAUGUUUGAAACUGAGGAGCAGGCCACUGAAGCCCUUGUGUGCAAGCAUGCCAGCUCACUUGGUGGGUCUAUUAUCCGAAUCUCCUUCUCCCAGUUACAGUCGAUAAGAGAAAACUCACAGUAACAGGGUUAAGAUCUCUGAACACUACAAGGAUUAAGGAUUCAUAUAAAAACAAGGACAUUUUUAUGUAGGUGACUGUCUUCUUAGUUGUCUCAUUUCCUGUAGUAACGGUGGAUUAACUUAUUUUACAGUGGUGAACCCAGUUUCCUAUUUUCCUUUUCUUAUCAACUUUGAUUUCAUAUUUAGUGCAUGUACCACUUAAUUUAUGGUAGGUUUGUUUAAUUGGGGGUAGAUUUUUUGCAGAUAUAUGGUCAGUUUGAAGAGUAGGAAGAGAGAGAAAUGUAUUACCUUUUCUGGGUUAGGGAUCUCUUUAUGUAUUAUUCUUGUUGUA